GCACAAAGGUCUUAAGUUUGUUGCCCGCGCAGUGAUCUGGAGGACGCCAUCAACUUGCUGCUCUAAAAUUAAACCACAGGUUCCAUUAUGGGUCGACUUGAUGGGAAGGUCAUCGUCCUGACAGCAGCUGCUCAGGGGAUUGGCCGGGCAGCUACCUUAGAUGUAUUUGUGCAUUGUGUCUACCAGGCUUUUGCAAGAGAAGGUGCCAAAGUCAUAGCCACAGAUAUCAAUGAAUCCAAAGUUCAGGAACUGGAAAAGUACCCAGGUAUUCAGACUCGGGUCCUUGAUGUCACAAAGAAGAAACAAAUUGAUCAGUUCGCCAAUGACAUUGAGAGACUUGAUGUUCUCUUUAAUGUUGCUGGUUUCGUCCAUCAUGGAACCAUCCUGGACUGUGAGGAAAAAGACUGGGACUUCUCAGUGAAUCUCAACAUCCGCAGCAUGUACCUGAUGAUCAAGGCGUUUCUUCCCAAAAUGCUUGCUCAGAAAUCUGGCAACAUUAUCAACAUGUCCUCUGUGGCAUCGAGCAUCAAAGGAGUUGUGAACAGGUGUGUGUACAGCACAACCAAGGCGGCUGUGAUUGGUCUCACAAAGUCUGUUGCUGCAGACUUCAUCCAGCAGGGUAUCCGGUGCAACUGUGUGUGUCCAGGAACGGUUGAUACCCCAUCUCUGCAGGAAAGAAUACAAGCCAGACCAAAUCCUGAAGAGGCACUGAGCGAUUUCCUAAAGAGACAGAAAACAGGAAGAUUUGCAACUGCAGAAGAAAUAGCCCUGCUCUGCGUAUACCUGGCCUCUGAUGAAUCUGCCUAUGUAACAGGCAAUCCUAUUAUCAUUGAUGGAGGCUGGAGCUUGUGAUUUCAGGAUCUCCUUGCUGGGAAGGCAGGCCGUUCCUGUCUGCAGUGAACCUGCUUAUGAAGAAAACUCACCCAUCCUCUCUUUCCUAUUAAUGGCAUAUUAAUGAAAACAAGACCUUUUUGAUGAUGUCAUUGUUCACAAGAGUCUGAUUCUUUAAAUAUAUUCAUCUCUUUCUAAUCUCUUCUGAAAUCAUUGUAGAUAGGUGAGAUAAUGACUCACUGCAAAAAGAACAUUUUAAGAAUAAAUCUCAAUUUCUAA